GGAGGGCUUGGGCCCUGCCAGCUUGUCUGUCCCCGGCAGGUUGCUUGGCCCAGCCACGAGUGCUAGGUGCCAUAGGCUGGGGUCACCCUCUCUGCUGGACACUUACUUACCUGGUCAGCUCAGGGUCCGCGGUGUCGCCCUUCCCUGAGCAUGAGUGGUUGGAGGGAUGUCCCCAGCAGAGCGGGGGGUUGCGGGGGCAGGCUGCCGGUUAAAUUUAGCGUGUGGGCCGGGGCGGCUGCCCAGGGUCCACUCUCCACCACAGCUGCCACUUGGGCCCUGCUGCCAGGGGGCGGGCAGAGGCGGGCUCCGCCUGAGGCUGGGCCCGUAUCAGCCUGCGCUCCUGCCUGGGGGCCAGAGAGGCCUGCGCUCUGGGAGGCAGCGGUGGCCGAGGAGCAGGAGGCACGAGCCCCAAGAUUCCUGAGGCCUGGCUCAGUUACCCGGGAGACAGGCCUGCUCUGCUGGCCGGGAGCAAAGAUGGGGGGUCCGAGAGGGCUGGGCCUCGGCCGAGCCCCACUGGGAGUCAUGGCCUUGAGGGCAGGUGAGCACAGCCAGGAGGCAGCAAAUGGGCUGAAGGAGAAGGUGCUGACACUGGACUCCAUGAAUCCUUAUGUCCGGAGGGUGGAGUAUGCGGUGCGAGGCCCCAUCGUGCAGCGGGCACUGGAGCUGGAGCAAGAGCUGCGCCAGGGCGUAAAGAAGCCCUUCACCGAGGUCAUCCGCGCCAACAUCGGGGACGCACAGGCCAUGGGGCAGAUCCCUAUCACCUUCCCGCGCCAGGUCCUGGCUCUCUGCGUCCACCCCGAUCUCCUGAACAGCCCUGACUUCCCCGACGACGCCAAGAGGAGGGCGGAGCGCAUCUUGCAGGCGUGUGGGGGCCACAGCCUGGGGGCCUACAGCAUCAGCGCUGGCGUCCAGAUGAUCCGUGAGGAUGUGGCGCGGUACAUCGAGCGGCGCGAUGGAGGCAUUCCCGCUGACCCCAAUAACAUCUUUCUGUCCACGGGAGCCAGCGAUGCCAUUGUGACGGUGCUGAAGUUGCUGGUAACCGGCGAGGGUCGUACGCGCACGGGCGUGCUUAUCCCUAUCCCUCAGUAUCCACUCUACUCGGCCGCGCUGGCCGAGUUCAACGCGGUGCAGGUGGACUACUACCUGGACGAGGAGCGUGCCUGGGCGCUCGACGUGGCCGAGCUGCGGCGCGCGCUGCGCCAGGCGCGUGACCACUGCCGCCCCCGCGCGCUCUGCGUCAUCAACCCCGGGAACCCCACCGGGCAGGUGCAGACCCGCGAGUGCAUCGAGGACGUGAUCCGCUUCGCCUUUGAGGAGAGGCUUUUCCUAUUGGCCGAUGAGGUGUACCAAGACAACGUGUAUGCCGAGGGCUCGCAGUUCCACUCGUUCAAGAAGGUGCUCACGGAGAUGGGGCCGCCGUACGCGGCUGAACAGGAGCUCGCCUCCUUCCACUCGAUCUCCAAGGGCUACAUGGGCGAGUGCGGCUUCCGCGGCGGCUACGUGGAGGUGGUGAAUAUGGACGCCACGGUGAAGCAGCAGAUGCAGAAGCUGCGGAGCGUGCGGCUGUGCCCACCCACCCCGGGCCAGGUCCUGCUCGACGUGGCUGUCAGCCCGCCGGCGCCCUCCGACCCCUCCUUCCCGCGGUUCCAGGCGGAGAGGCGGGCGGUGCUGGCCGAGCUGGCUGCCAAGGCCAAGCUCACGGAGCAGGUCUUCAACGAAGCUCCCGGCAUCCGCUGCAACCCGGUGCAGGGCGCCAUGUAUUCGUUCCCGCGCGUGCAGCUGCCCCCGCGUGCGGUGCAGCGCGCUCAGGAGCUGGGCCUGGCUCCCGACAUGUUCUUCUGCCUGCGCCUCCUAGAGGAGACUGGCAUCUGCGUGGUGCCUGGGAGUGGCUUCGGACAACGGGAAGGCACCUACCACUUUCGGAUGACUAUUCUGCCCCCCAUGGAGAAGCUACGGCCCCUGCUGGAGAAGCUGAGCCAGUUCCAUGCGAAGUUCACCCACGAGUACUCCUGAGGACCCGUCAGAGGCCAGGGCUGGCCAGUAGGGACGACCUCCGACUGAGGGCACUCUGCCCUGGGGCCUCUGGACUUGCUCCUGCUGGCCGUGUGGCCGAGCCCCUGCCCCUCCGCAGGCCCUAAUAAAGCAAUGGGCUGGCCGGGCUGCUUGGAGGCUGCGUGCACACCCGUGUGCACCUUCACAGCCUUGUCCACUCCUGA